CAGGGCUCCCCAACCCGAAACAGUCCCGCCAACGGCAUCCCUUUUUCUUAUGCUUAUCAAUUGGCCCGUGGGACUGGGGUUACUGUUGUGAUUUGAUUGUGCCUGCGUUCCGUACUCGUAGCCGAAACUUUUGCCGUCCGCCGCCCACAGCCUGAACUAGCCAUGCGCCUUUCCACCCUUCACCAACCACUCCGUCAAUCGUUUUACGGCUGUCAGGCAUCGUCAAUUCGAAAGCAAUUCAGCUCUUCCGUUUCAUCUCAGCGUGUAACACCAAAUUUUGGUUUUGCCUUUGAUAUAGAUGGGGUUCUUCUCCGGUCAUCGAGACCGCUCCCCGGAGCAGCUGAAUCUCUCCAACUCCUUAAAAGGGAGAGAAUCCCUUUCGUACUUGUAACAAAUGGUGGAGGAAUGCAUGAGAAAGAGAGAAUUGCGCAAUUGAGCCAACGCCUCCAUGUCGCUCUGGACACUGAUAUGAUUAUCCAAAGUCACACUCCUUUCGCAGAUUUGGUAAAAGGCAAUGAAGCGCAGGAAGCAUUGCAGGACAAAUGCGUUCUAGUCGUUGGUGGCGGAAAUGGGAAGUGUCGCUCUGUCGCACAAGAGUAUGGAUUUAGGUCUGUCGUGACUCCUGGCGAUAUCUUCCAAUCACACCCGGAGAUUUGGCCUUUUUCUGAUGCUUUCAGCGACUACUACGGACGGUUUGCAAGUCAGCUUCCGCGUCAAAUAGACGCGGCCGAUCCUUCAAAAAGCCUUAAGAUUGAUGCAAUACUGGUAUUUAAUGACCCGAGAGAUUGGGCUUUGGAUAUCCAAAUCAUCAUCGAUAUACUGCUCUCAUCCCAAGGUAUCAUUGGGACAUAUUCUUCUAAAAAUAAUAACCCAGACCUACCAAACCGGGGCUACCAGCAAGAUGGCCAGCCGCCGUUGUAUUUCUCCAACCCGGAUCUUCUAUGGGCUGCGCAAUACCAUCAGCCAAGGCUGGGUCAAGGAGCAUUUAAAGCGUCCCUUGAAGGUGUGUGGGCAGCGAUGACCGGGGGAGCCACAUUAGCAAAGACGGUGAUUGGGAAGCCUUGCGAACUAACAUUUAGAUUCGCUGAGAAGAGGUUGAACCAGGAAAGAGAGAAGUUGUUUCCCGCUGAGAACUUACGGCCUCUUGAGGUAGUGUACAUGGUCGGUGACAACCCUGAGUCUGACAUCCAAGGAGCCAAUUCCUAUAAGAGCCCCGUUGGGACCAAGUGGAAUUCCAUUCUCCUGAAAAGUGGUGUAUACUCGGGUGGGACGCUAACCUGGCCGCCCAAGGUCAUUGUCGAAGGCGUAAAGCAGGCCGUUGAAUGGAGCUUAGCCCAGUCGCAGUGGCCUCUAUUCAAGACUCCAUUUAAAGUCAAUUUUGUUAUCACAAACGAAAUGCACUCUGACUCCCCUCCUUCCGCACCGGAAAAAGGAGACCAACAGCCUCAGCUGCUUCCCUUAACUAUACGCACCCCCAAUUGUCAAUUACCGCUGAAAGUCCUACUGAAGGAAAUCAUGGAGCAAAAUCCUACGCUCCCUGUUCGUUCAAAAGACGACGGUGACGUGCCCGAGAAUUCCCUUGGUUCUCAGCCCCCCGCUGGAGACCCCGCUCCUCCAAGCAAAAGUGCGCUCAAGAAAGCUGCUAAAGAAAGGGAAAAGGCAGAGAAAGCAGCUAAGCGUGCCGCUCAGGAACAAGCAGCUGCACAAGCCAGUCAGGCGGCGGACUUCUCGAAACACCUCUACGGACCCAUCCCAGAUUCCGCAGACAAGGUCCAAGUGUUGAACCUCCUGGACCUGUCGGAGGAACUCUGCGAAAAGGAUGUCACAGUCGUUGCGCGUGUCGACAAUGCCCGGGUACAGAGUGCAAAGCUGGCAUUCCUGAUGCUGCGACAACAGGGUAAAAAGAUGCAGGCAGUGGUUAGUGCGAGCGACGAAAUCUCGAGACCCAUGGUGAAAUGGAUCGGAGGAAUAAACGUGAAUUCCAUCGUUAAAGUUACUGCCAUCGUUAAGAAAGCUGAAAUACCAGUAACGUCGGCCACAGUAAAACACUUGGAACUGCAUAUUCGGAAAGUCUACAUGGUUGCGCAAGCGUCACAUAUGCUUCCUAUGCAAGUCAAGGACGCGGAACGACCCCCACCUGAAUCCGUCACGGAAGAGGUUGAAUCAGAAGCUCCAUAUGUCACGCUGAAAACUCGCUUGGAUAACCGUGUACUUGACCUUCAGACGGAAGCCAGUCAGGCAAUUACCUGGAUUUCCAGCGGUGUUGCCCAACUGUUUAUGGAAUACAUGUUGAAAAGUGGUUCACGAUGGAUCUCUACGCCGAAGCUCACUGCGAAUGCGUCUGAAGGCGGCGCUGGAGUGUUCGAAGUGACAUAUUUUAAAAGGAAGGCGUAUUUGGCGCAAAGUCCUCAGUUAUAUAAGCAAAUGUGCAUUGCGGGCGAUAUGGAGAGCGUUUUCGAAAUUGGUCCCGUGUUUAGAGCUGAGGAAAGCAACACUCAUAGACAUUUAACAGAGUUUGUUGGACUCGAUUUUGAGAAAACAUUUCAGAGCCAUUACCACGAAGUUUUAGAAUUCGCCGAAGAUCUCCUAGUCUUUAUUUUGAGCGAGUUAAAGAUACGAUUCAAAAAGGAAAUCGAGGUCAUCCAGCGCUCGUAUCCAAAAGCCGGUGAUUUUAGACUCCCUAAAGAUGGGAAGGCACUUAGGCUGAAGUACAUGGAGGGGGUGGCUUUGUUAAAGGAAGCCGGAGUGGAUGUCACUGAACAAGAGAGGUUUGAAAAUGACCUGUCUACAGCAAUGGAAAAGCAACUUGGCCGAAUUAUUCGGGAGAAGUAUGAUACAGACUUCUACGUCCUUGACAAGUUUCCCAUGGCCGUCAGACCGUUCUACACGAAGCCCUGUCCCGACGACCCCACCUUCUCCAAUUCGUAUGAUUUCUUCAUGAGAGGGGAGGAGAUUAUGUCGGGCGCACAACGAAUUAAUGAAGCGAAGGAGCUUGAAGCUGCAAUGUCGGCUAAGGGUAUUGAUCCAAACGCUGAAGGAUUUGAAGACUACAUCGGGGCGUUUAGGCAGGGGUGUCCUCCACAUGCUGGUGGAGGACUCGGUCUAAAUCGUAUUGUUAUGUUUUUCCUAGGCCUUCCUAAUAUCCGAUUAGCGACACUGUUUCCCCGUGACCCGCAACGCCUUCGCCCAUAAGCCUAUCGCUUUUUUUAACCAGGAGAGUAGGCAGUAUCUGUAGAAAUGAUGGGAAAAGUCAGGGAUUUUCUCGGAUAUAAAAUCCCAUGAAAUAAUGAAAUCAAAUUUUACAUAAAUA